UCUUCAAACUGCAUGACAACGCUCACCGCGAGGCUGGAUUGCCCGUAAUUGGAGACUACUGCAACGUCAACCAGAAGGACGCAUGAUAUAAUGUCGGAAUAUUUUGUAGAAUGAACAUUGCUGAAGCCACAGGAGCAGAAAGUCGAGACACCGAGGAUGCUGCAGCAACAGGUGCCGCCGAUGAAGUGGAAGAAAUGCUGGUGCCAGAAACUUUAGAGAGUGCACCAGAUGCAGAGCUUGAAACACAACCUGCAAGAAUGACACCAGAAUGGCAACCUGACGAUGAUGAUUUCGAGCCAGAGGGGGUGGCUGACAUAAGUGAAAUGGCCCCAAGACCAAGAAAGGUGGCAAAGACUGCGAGAAAUGCACAGCGCCCUAAUGCCAGUGGUCCCUCCAGUGCAACAGUUGCUGCCGCAUGCCUUGAUCAUAUCAAGGCAGUAGGAACGGAGCGGCGCCAAAACGAAGACACUCGAGACACUCCAUACCAUUUUUGCAUGGCAGCUGCCGGAUUUUUGCGGUCAAUGCCUGCUGAUGACCAGUUUGACACUAUGUGUGCCAUCCAAGCUGUCAUUCAGCAAAAAAUGCUGGAAGUGAGGGCUCGGAGGACUGAACAAUAGUCCUUCCGUAUGUACAGACAGCUGCAUGGUGAAUAGUAAAAAUCAAUCAAAGGGCGAAGUACAGAGAAGAGACGUGGCACAUGCAACGACAGUCAUUGUGUGUGCCACGUCUCUUCUCUUUAUUUCGUCCUUUGACUGGUUUUUAUUAUUCAGUAUGUACCAACUGACCCAGAUCGCAACUCUACAAGCCCAUGGUACAAUGUGCUAUUGACCAAAAAAGGUUAUGGACCACGGGAUCUCAGAAAAUGCUAAAUACCAAAGCAGCCUUUAAAAGUAGCCAGUAAAACCGUACAUCACAAUGUUGUUUGCAUAUACCAGUAGAGGCUGGAAAUUGAAAUACCAGGCUGCAAUUUGAGGCUGCGGACAUAUUCAUCUUUUUGCCAGAUCCCUUGGUCCGUAAACUUUUUUGGCUGAUAGUACAUACCACAGUUGUUUUAUCUGUUAUAUUUAAUCUCAUUGUUUGUAUUUAAGUUCUAUUGUUUUUACUCUUAUUCAAUUUUUCCUUAUAACAUAUGUCAUAUCCCAUAUCCUAAAGUGCCUCGAACUAGUCCUGUAUGGUAGAAAGUUACCUGUCUUUUUGUGUGAUACUAUGUGUGAUGCUUAAGCUCUUGUCCAAAUUACGAUAAGGGUUUGGCGUGUUCAACUCAUUCUGCAUUGCACAGAGCUAUACAGUACAAAGUUUGUGCCUGUGAUAUGUAUUUAUUGAAAUUACGAGUGAUAUUUAAUGCCUUGUCAAAGACAGUAAAACUAAGGGUUUGCUGUUCUCUGAACUAGGCACGUUGUGCAUGGAACUGCACUGUACAAUCUGCCAAUUUUAAUAUUUUAUUGUACUGCAAAAAGUACUAAGUCUGUAUAUGUGAUAGUUAAGCUCGGGGAGCUCAGAACUGCGCAGUAGAUUUUGUAACCAAUUUUUAUCCUUUUAUACUGUUAUACACCCAGGAUCGUGGAAAUGAGGGCUAGUCAUGCUGUGCACAGAGCUGCACAGCAUAGCGUUUAUAUCCAGAUUUUAUAUUUCUUGAAAGCGCGUUUUUGAAGUGCAAUAUUUUUUGAAUCGCAGUACUGUUUGCAAUGCGGUCAUGUGUAGGCCUGAAAUGCUUAUUGCAAAUAAAGACCUA